AGUUUUUUAUAGUACAAAAAUUAAAAUUUUCUCUUCACUAAGCUUUAAAAAAAAUUAUGAGUUAUUUGGGCAUUGGAGUGAGUCCUGGGAAUGUUCCAGUUCAUCAUGGAAGUAAUUUGAAAGUAAUUGAUAAAAGAGUAAGAAUUAUAGAGCUGAUUUUGAGGUGUUUAAUUUUAGGUUUAGCAAUUAUUGGUGCUGUUCUUAUUGGAACUGAUAGUCAAGUUAAAGUUAUAUUCUCAAUCAAGAAAGAAGCCAAGUUCACUGAUAUGAAAGUUCUUGUAUUUUUAGUUAUAGCCAAUGGAGUAGCUGCUGCUUACUCUCUGAUUCAAGUUCUAAGGUGCAUUUUCAGUAUGAUAAGAGGAAGUGUUCUUUUCAACAAGCCCUUGGCUUGGGUUAUUUUUUCUGGUGAUCAGUUGAUGGCCUACUUGAGUCUGGCUGCAGUGGCGGCAGCAGCGCAGUCUGGAGUAAUUUCCAAGUUUGGUCAACCAGAGCUACAAUGGAUGAAAGUUUGCAAUUUGUAUGGCAAAUUUUGCAACCAAAUUGGAGAAGGCAUUGCAAGUUCUCUAAUAGUUAGCCUUAGCAUGAUUGCUCUCUCUGGUAUUUCAGCAUUCAGUCUCUUUCGUUUGUACGGAAACAACGGAGGAAAGAGUAAUGCUAGAUGAUCAUCUCUCCGAGCGUUAGUGGACAGAGUUAGUUGCAGGUAUCCUUGUAAAUUAGUCGAAAUAUGCAAAAGCUGACCUCGAUACCUCGAUUAUCAAAAGCAAGAAAAAGUAAUGCUAGAUGAUGAGUAGAGUAGUAGUAGCUUAAUCUUGAACUUGAAGAUGUGUAACUUGGUGGAUAUUUGGUGUUUUGUACUAUGUUGUCUUAUGUUGAAACUAUUGUAUAAUUAAAUGAUUUUGGUUUUUCUUUUGUAAAAAUUAAAUCAAGACUAAUGUUGGUGG